GGGCCACGGAGGUGCGGGGCGCGGCGCAGCGGAAGCGGCGGCCGGCGGGGCUGAGUCUUCUGGCACCUCGGGGCACGCCUCCUCGGCGGGAAGGCGCCUCGCCUCGGCUUCCAGUCACUGCACAACUUCCUGCGCUGGUGGAGAAGUGGGUCUUGCUUGGGUAGCGCGCGCUCCUGGUGUGAGGCGCGAGACUGAGUUCACAGGUGCUUGCCCCACCCCCUCCCGAAGCCAAGUGGGGUUUGGGGAGCAGCGUCUUCGAGCCUCCGCGCCCCGAGCGAGUGGCCCGCCUGUUGGGGUCCUCCCUCCCCUCGCAUCAGCAUCCCUCGGGCUCUGCGCCUCUCCGGGGACCCCUCGCCGGGAGAUGGCCGCUUUGAUGCGGGGCAAGGACUCGUCCCGCUGUCUGCUUCUCCUGGCCGCGGUGCUGAUGGUGGAGAGCUCACAGCUCGGCGGUUCGCGGGCCAAACUCAACUCCAUCAAGUCCUCUCUGGGCGGGGAGACGCCUUUACAGGCCUCCAAUCGAUCUGCGGGCACAUACCAAGGACUGGCUUUCGGCGGCAGUAAGAAGGGCAAAAACCUGGGGCAGGCCUACCCUUGCAGCAGCGAUAAGGAAUGUGAAGUUGGGAGAUACUGCCACAGUCCCCACCAAGGAUCUUCAGCCUGCAUGGUGUGUCGAAGGAAAAAGAAGCGCUGCCAUAGAGACGGCAUGUGUUGCCCUGGUAACCGCUGCAAUAAUGGCAUCUGCAUCCCAGUCACCGAGAGCAUCUUAACCCCUCACAUCCCAGCUCUGGAUGGCACUCGGCAUAGAGAUCGAAACCAUGGCCAUUACUCCAACCACGACUUGGGAUGGCAGAAUCUAGGAAGACCACACACUAAGAUGUCACAUAUAAAAGGGCAUGAAGGAGACCCCUGCCUACGAUCGUCAGAUUGCAUUGAAGGGUUUUGCUGUGCUCGUCACUUCUGGACCAAGAUCUGCAAGCCAGUGCUCCAUCAGGGGGAAGUCUGUACCAAACAGCGCAAGAAGGGCUCUCAUGGGCUGGAAAUUUUCCAGCGGUGCGACUGUGCAAAAGGCCUGUCUUGUAAAGUAUGGAAAGAUGCCACCUACUCCUCCAAAGCGAGACUCCACGUGUGUCAGAAAAUAUGAUCACUUCAGAGAAAAUGCAUCCCAAGCAGACUGUGAGCCUGUGCAUUUAGUGCAUCAUAGCAGGUGGAAGAUAGGAUUCGGAUCUCAGAAGAAUGGCUAAUGUAAGGCAUGUGAUAAGAGUAUAAAUCACAGAGAGAGAGAAAAAUGGGAACUAAGCUGAUUGGAAAGGGUGACUAAUGUGGUGCAACUUGUGUGUUUCCAUUACUCAGCUUGUUUAUGUAAAUAAUGUACACACUUGUGAAAAUGCAAUUACUGAAGAAGAAAAAAAGCACAGUGAAAAUUACUGACGAACACCCUGGGACUUUCAGAGUUUAGGCUGUGCUGGAGGAUUGGUGUCCUUCAGAUUGGCGAUUGUCUGUAAAAUAACCUAAAAGCCGUAUUUCUAUUCAAAGUUAUGGUUUAAUAAAAUACAGUAUAUCUUGGUAUACAAUAAGAUCUAAAACAUGAAAAAAAUUGUUAAAUAGGAAAUGAAACACGGAGAAGAGUUCAUUUCCAACACAGAUUACCUUUUAAAUUGGAACACUACUUCUGUUCAAUUAAAGGCCUUGGUAGGCAAGAAAGAAAGCAGUUGAUAUUUCCUGAAUGAUUUCAAAAUAAUUGCAGGUCUUUUAUCAGGGCCUUUAGAAAAGAAAAAUAAACAACUUGUUUUUCUUCAAACUGCUUAUUUAUGGUUUCCAAUAUUCACUUUCACCUCUACUUAAUAAGAACCAAUAUAACAAGACAAAAGUAGUCCCUUCAGAUUCUUAAAGAAUGACAUUGAAUAUUUCUAAAUUGUAUGCGAUUCCUACCAUGAAUAAAUGUUAUUUUCCAAUCUAACCCCAAUGGUAGUGAAAAGCACAGAGCAAAAUCUUCACAGGUCACAAAUCUUUAUAAGAUAUCCAAAAUAAAUGGGAAAUGAAGAUAAUAGAGAGAUGGUUGCUUUUUAAAGCUUUGGCAUUACCUUUGUGUUGAUAGCAUUAGACUGGUAAAUACACUUAUUCUUUACAUACUCUGCAGUAUAUCAGGGUAAAGCUGAUAACACAAACUGGAGCGGAAUCUGUCCUGCACUGAAGCCAGCAAGGAAAUGGGGGAAUCUUUGUCAAGUAUCCAGGUUUGGGCAAUACACAGAUAUGUCUGAAACAAAAUGACUCUUUGUGUUUGAGUCCGAAAGCUGCACAACCUAAAUGGCAGUUUUCUAUGGUAUUUGCUCCCUCAAAUACUCACCACACAGAUGAGUACAGUGUGAGGUCACUAGUUGACCUCAAAAUAUAUACUUUAUCCAUUUGAGGUUCUAAAAUGAUAUGAGGAGUUCUAACAAAAUUGACUUCCAAGAAAGGCAGUGCACAGUAAGAUUCCAUUGCCUUCAUUUCUAACUGGCCGGUGGCAAGGUCUGAUUUUUCUGCACCAACCUUUCCAUACAACAGCUUUUUGUUUUUUGCCAAAGAUAUAGUUUCUGUUUUCUGCAUCCAUUGAGAUAAAAAAGUAUGUACAUGGAAUAACUUGUAAAAUCUACAUAUUGCUAACCUAUAAAACCACAGGUUCUUCAUCCUUUGAAACUAUUUUAUCACUUUUUUUACUUUACUCACUUCUAAAUAUUAUGUCUAGAGCAUAAAGCAAAAAAGUUAUAGUUGUUACUUCUGACCUUUUCUUUUUUAGACUUAAAAUCACUCCUUAAUUUUAUUUUACUUAACCUUCAUCUUUAGUCUCAAACUCAAGUUCUCCCAGUAGAAAUUGAAUCCAAGCCUGCCUGUCUAUUAAGAAUUUCAGCUUCCCACACACAUCUACUAGGAUAAUUAAGAUUUACUUUUCCCCUACAUGUCUGUAAAAACAAAAAAUUUCAGCUUAUCUAUCCAAGAACCAUAGUCUGUGCAAACAGGAUUCUAUAUGUUUGACAACAUAAAAAUGGAACAUUUCAGUCAAAUGCUUCCUAUAUAACAAUUACAUUUAUAAUCUGGUUUCUGCAUUAUUUCCCUUAUGUACAUCCCUUCAAAAAUUAUUAUUUGAAGUAAUUUAUUUACAGGAAAUGUUAAUGAGAUGUAUUUUCUUAUAGAGAUAUUUCUUACAGAAAGCUUUGUAGCAGAAUAUAUUUGCAGCAAUUGACUUUGUAAUUUAGGGGGAAUGUAUAAUAAGAUAAAAUAUAUUAAAAUUUUCUCCUUUAAAAAUUGA